UGCAAGAAUAGAAUAAUUGUUUUUGAUAAUACCAACAAGGAUAUGAUUAAGAGAGAAGAACAACUAAAUGAGCUACUCUUGCUUGUUGAGUUUAUUAUUGUGGACAACGGUGGAAAAUCAUACUCAAAAAAGACCUUUGCAGAACACAAGGAAAGAGCUUUACUUCAACACCAAAAUGUUAAAGAAGUUGAAGCUAAAGAAGGAUCCUCAAAAGAUGAGUUAUCUGAACAUAUAAAAGGGAAGCGUGCAUAUGAUGAUCAACAGAAGGGUGUAACUGAGAUAGUAAAAGAAAUGGUAGAAUUCUGUACAUGUGGGUUUUGGGAGCAGCUGGCAAAAGAGCAAGCUGCACAGCUGGAGGCUGAAGAACGAGCUGCUCGAUUGGAAGAAGAAAGGAUUGGCCAGGAAUCAUUGAAGGAUAAGGAGAUUUAGAAGCUCAAUGAGGAGAUUCAGAAGCGCACAGAGGAUAUAAAUGUGAUAAGAAAGCAAUAUGAGGAGUCCGAGAAGCGUAAUGCUAAAUGCGAGUGUACUAUCCUAUAAAUUGUGAUAUCUUGAUUAUGAAACAAUAACUAUAUACUUUUCUAGGGAAGA